UUACCGGAAGCUCCAUUUGCACAUUUUCAUGCCUUCGCAAAAUGGCUGACCAACCGUCCAAGAAAGCUAUCGAAGAAGACGACGAAGACCUGGACGAAGAUGAAAGUCUAUCAGAAAGGUUGAUUGGCUUGACAGAAAUGUUUCCUGAAACCUUCAGAAAGUCUUGUCAGUGUGCUUGCUAUCUUUUAUCAUCAGUUACCAAAAAUAGUCUUUAUGUACUACGUAGUGCAUUAUGGAUUGCUAGCUCCUCUGCGGUUAUUCUUGUCCUACCUGUGAUAUUUGAAUCGGAGAGGGCUCAACAACAUGAAGAACAACUGCAGCAACAGAGACAGAUUUUGCUUGGACCUAAUGCAGCUGUAUCAGGGACUGGAGGAAGCAACAAUCUUUUACCUGGAAUGGGUAUGGUACCACCACCAAGGUCAAGUGCGUAAUUCAAUUUCUCAGUCUAAAGUUGACCAAUGUGUGUAGUUGACCAUUUGAAGUUUCAUAAACAUUCGUUUGUUUUUUUCAAAUAUCAUAUUGAAACAUAUUCAUUUUAAACAUUUUUUGAAAGAAAUUUGUAGUUUUACUUAACUACCAAGGGUCACCAUUGUAGAUGUAAAUAGCAGCUCUCUGUAUUUGUGUGCUUAUCAGAGUGAAUGUAUUAGUGUGACAAUGAUUGCACUUUUGUAAACUGACUUUGUUGACUUUCAUUAGCUAAAAGCAAGUCACUCAUCCCAUUUAUCAGCCUACAGAGUUCUUAGCAACAAUGGUGGUGCCAUUCAGUAUGUGUCUUUUUCAGUGACAAAAAUAUGUUUGUAUUCCUUCAAUUGUUUUUUCUAUUGAUUGACAGACAGUUUUGUGAAGAGUCUGUACACUUGAUCAAAAUGUUGAAUGAAUAAAAGUUUGAGUUUAUCUUGA